AUGAUGAUGUGGAAGCGAUGGAGAUGAAGCCGAGGAUGCGGAUCCGGGGACUCCUGUUGCUGCUGCUGCUGCUGCCGCCGCCGCCGCUAUGGGCUGCGCUUCUCCGGGACGCCGCGGCCGGAACAGAGAAGGGAGGUUGCUUUCUUCUAGGCACAAAAGGUACUGGAACGCCAAUCAAACUGAAGGUGUCCCAGGGGCAGCCUGUGAAACUGAACUGCAGCCUCGAAGGAAUGGAAGAUCCAGAGAUGCUGUGGAUAAAAGAUGGAGUUGUGGUCCAGAGCGUAGACCAGGUGUACAUUCCAGUAGAUGAAGAGCACUGGAUUGGUUUCCUCAGCUUGAAGUCCGUAGAUCGAGCUGACUCAGGGAAGUACUGGUGCCAAAUUGAGACCAAGGGGAAGAAGAAAGAAUCACAGCAAGUGUGGCUCACUGUGGAAGGUGUUCCCUACUUCACUAAUGAGCCUGAAGAUCUGUCUGUAGUCCCUAAUAGUCCCUUUCAUAUGACCUGUGCUGCAGUUGGUCCACCUGAGCCAGUCACAAUUGUCUGGUGGAUGGGCGAUUCCAGAGUUGGGCAUCCUGACAUCUCCCCCUCCAUCCUCAAUGUGUCAGGUAUUAAUCAAAGCACAGUUUUCUCUUGUGAAGCCCACAACAUAAAGGGACUGUCUUCGUCUCGGACGGCCACUGUACAAAUUAAAGCUGCCCCCUUUCCACCUCUCAACGUUACAGUAUCCCGAAUCACCAGCAACUACGCCAGUCUCACAUGGGUGCCCGGAUUUGACGGCCUUUCCCCACUUCAUUCUUGUACAGUUCAGGUGGCUGAGCCACAAGAAGAGGAAGAGGUUUUCAGAGAAGUAGUCCCUGUCCCAUCCUUUACCUGUGGUUUACCUGGAUUAAAGCACUCGACCAAUUAUAGUGCCCAGGUGCAAUGUACAAAUGAAAUAGGGAGCUCAUCUUUUACAGACUCGGUCUAUUUUCAGACCUUGGGUUUAGCUCCAAACAGUACUCCACAAAAUGUGCAUGUUAUCCAGAGAGAUUCGUGUUUGAUUUUGGAAUGGGAAACAGUGGCUGCAGAAAUGCUUAGAGAUGGUACCUUGGGAUACAAGUUGGAAUGGAUUCAAGAUAACAUAACUCAGGGGGAAAUGGUAGUGCAGGAGACAAGAGCUAACCUUACUAUGUGGAAUCCCCUAAAAGAACUUGUCAUAAGAGUGUGCGUGCUCAACCUGGCUGGUUGUGGACCUUGGAGUGAGUCCUUACUGGUUACAGCCCAAGAUUUAAUAGGAGGACAGAGACAAGUCCGCUACGGCACAUCCUGGGUCCCAGUGGUACUAGGAAUUCUUACUGCACUUGUUACAGCUGUUGCCUUGGCACUAAUCCUCCUACGAAAAAGAAGAAAAGAAACUCGUUUUGGUCAUGCUUUUGGCAGCGUGGUGGGAGGGGAUCCUGUGGUCCAUUUCAGAGCAGUGAGAUCUUUCAACAGAGAAGGCCCAGAGCUUAUCGAGGCAACAUUGGAUAGUAUAGGAAUCAGUGAUGACUUGAAGACCAAACUGAAGGAUGUCCUGAUCCAGGAGCAGCAGUUUACUUUGGGAAGAAUGCUAGGCAAGGGGGAGUUUGGCUCCGUAAGAGAGGGCCAGCUGAAACUGCCUGACGGCUCUCUCCAGAAGGUUGCGGUGAAAAUGUUGAAAGCGGACAUAUUCACUUCAAGUGACAUUGAGGAAUUCCUGAGGGAAGCUGCCUGCAUGAAGGAGUUUAACCAUCCCCAUGUCACUAAACUCAUUGGAGUCAGCUUGCGCAAUAGGCCAAAAGGCCGGCUUCCGAUCCCGAUGGUUAUCCUCCCCUUCAUGAAGCAUGGAGACCUUCACUCUUUUCUCUUGAUGUCCCGAAUUGGAGAUAAUCCUUUUAGCCUGCCUCUUCAGACUCUUUUAAGGUUUAUGAUCGAUAUUGCCAGUGGCAUGGAGUACCUGAGCUCCAAAAACUUCAUUCACAGGGACUUAGCUGCCCGGAACUGCAUGCUGGAUGAAAACAUGAACGUGUGUGUUGCUGAUUUUGGCCUCUCGAAGAAAAUCUACAGUGGAGACUAUUACCGUCAGGGCUGUGCCUCUAAGCUACCAGUGAAGUGGCUUGCACUGGAAAGCCUGGCGGACAAUCUCUACACAACACACAGCGACGUGUGGGCAUUUGGUGUGACUAUGUGGGAAAUUGUGACUCGAGGGCAAACUCCUUAUGCAGGCAUUGAGAAUGCAGAAAUUUACAACUACCUCAUCAGUGGAAACAGACUGAAGCAACCGCCAGAGUGCCUGGAAGAUGUCUACGAUCUCAUGUGCAGAUGCUGGCAUUCGGAACCCAAGCUACGCCCAAGCUUUGGAGCCCUGAAAUUGCAACUGGAAAUGAUCCUGGCCAGACUGACAUUGCUCUCUUCCAGUCAGGAUCCUCUGUAUGUCAACAUCAGGAAGCCUCAAGAAGCUUCUAGGAAAACCACAACAACUGACUGUCCCUUUGGAACUUCGGACAGUGAAGUGAACAUUGCAGGAGCAACUGCUGCAGUCACUAGUGACUAUCGUUACAUCUUGAGCCCCUUGUGCCUUGGGAAUUAUGCCGAAAGAGAGGGAUACCCAGAUGCAUCAGAAGGGGAGGCCAGGAGCCUUCUUUAUGAUUUGGAGAUGGGAACAAAACCAUGUUAGUCUGAAAG